AUGGGCUCCGCGGCGCUUCUGGUGCUGGCGGUGCUAGCGGUGCCGCGGGCGGCGGCCGCGGGCGGCCCGGAGUGGCGCAGCCUGCGGGGGAGCUGGCGGCUGCGCAGCGGGAACGGCUCGGUGUCGCUCCGAGCGGAGGUUCCGGGCUGCGUCCACACUGCGCUGCUCCGCCGCGGCCUCAUCCAGGAUCCAUACUAUAGAUUUAAUGAUGUGAUGUACAGAUGGAUCUCAUUAGAUAACUGGACUUACAGCAGGACAUUUAAAACUCCUUUUGACAUCAGAAAGUGGCAGAAAGUGAAUUUGGUUUUCGAGGGAGUAGAUACAGUAGCACAGAUCCUGCUCAACAAUGUCACUGUGGGGAGAACAGACAACAUGUUUAACAGAUAUAGCUUUGAUAUCACCAGCGUGAUCAAGGAGGUCAAUUUUGUUGAAGUCCGUUUCUUGUCGGCCGUUUCCUAUGCAGCAGAGCAGAGCAGGUGUCACAAAGCUUACAGCAUCCCCCCCGCCUGCCCUCCACCUGAGCAGAAAGGAGAGUGCCAUGUGAAUUUUAUCAGAAAGGAGCAGUGUUCAUUUAGUUGGGACUGGGGCCCUUCUUUUCCCACUCAAGGAAUCUGGAAAGAUGUUAGGAUUGAAGCCUAUGACCAUUACCACCUGAUUUACUUUUCUUUAACUCCUUUCUUUGUAAAAAGUACGCAGCAGUGGUGUCUUGAAAUUGAGUCUGUUUUUGAGGUAGUCAGCUCCAAGCCAAUUCCAGGUCGUGUGAUGGUGAACAUUCCCAAAUUGCAAACGCAACAAACAUUCACUGUGAAGCUUCAGCCUGGAGAAGGCAGCAUUGUGCUGCUUGUAAACAUCAACAAGAGUUCUGUAGUAGAGGCUUGGUGGCCAAAUGGACAUGGAAAGCAAACUGGAUACAACAUGAAAACAACUUUUAUCAUGGAGACAGGAUACCAGAUUGAGAAAUUUUCAAAGGCUUAUUUUCGGACAGUAGAACUCGUUCAGGAGCCUAUUCCUGGCUCACCAGGUCUGAGUUUCUACUUCAGAAUCAAUGGCCGACCCAUUUUUCUGAAGGGCUCGAACUGGAUUCCUGCAGAUUCUUUCCAGGACAGGGUGACCUAUGACACAUUAAGGCUACUCUUGAAGUCUGCAGCAGAUGCUAACAUGAAUGCACUUCGGGUUUGGGGAGGAGGAGUAUAUGAACAAGAUGAAUUUUACGAUAUUUGUGAUGAAAUAGGAAUAAUGAUUUGGCAGGAUUUUAUGUUUGCCUGUGCACUUUAUCCAACUGACCAGAAUUAUUUAGCAUCUGUAAGAGCAGAAGUUCUUCAUCAGGUGCGACGUUUAAAAUCUCAUCCAUCAAUUAUUCUAUGGAGUGGUAACAAUGAAAAUGAAGCAGCAAUUUCAACCAACUGGUUCUCCAUACCUCAUGCCGAAAGAGAGAGAUAUAUCAGAGACUACCUGAUGCUUUAUGUGAAGAACAUACGAGAGAUAGUUCUUAAU